UGUCUCCAAUUUCCAACCGAAAAUGCGCGCCGGCCGCCGGCCGGGCUUUCUCUACCCCAAAAAUACCUUGCGGCUCGCAGCGCCCCCUUAUAAAUGCUCGCACCCGGCCCCCUUUAUUGUUCCUCUGCAAUUACCUAAUUUCACGGUCUUCCGGCAGCUAAUGCGAUUCUUCUUCCCUGGUCUAUUCUCAUACCGAAACCCUAACCCUAUCCAUCUCGACGCUUUCUUUGCAAGGUCUUUAUCUCUGUCCUUCUCUGGAUUUCGCGAUAUCUGUUCAGAUCGUUCCUACUUGUUUCCAUCGUCGUGGUUUGGUUCGACUCUCUGGCGGAAUCGGCUAGUCCAUCCGUCGAGGCCGCUUUCGGUUGAGUCGGGUUUGGCGUUGUCUUCUUCGUCUUCCUUUGCUUCUUUCGAGGGAGCCAUGUCUGUGGUGGCUAGCAUGGCCGACGAGGCCAUUUCGCCGGCGAAGAAAUUCUGGUUAAAGGCACAGAAGGAGGCUAUGCUUGCUAAGUACACCCCGUUUGUAGUCUGCUUAGCGUCGGGGAAACUUGAGCUGGACACUUUCCGACAGUACAUUGCUCAGGAUGUUCAUUUUCUCAGAUCGUUUGCCCGCGCGUACGAGAAAGCUGAAGAAUAUGCCGAUGAUGAUGAUGCCAAGGCCGCAAUAUCUAAAUUGUGGAGAACUAGCACACAGGAGAUGAAAUUGCACAACUCUGUUCUCCAAGAUUGGGGAGUAGACCCUAGUAAAGAGAUUCCACCUAACCCUGCAACAGUUAGAUAUACAAACUUUUUGGAUGCUACGUCUGCUGGCAAAAUUGAAGUAGGAAAGGGCGUUGGCAAAAUUGUCACUCCUUUUGAGAAGACGAAAGUUGCUGCUUAUAUAGUGGGUGCGAUGGUCCCCUGCAUGAGGCUUUAUGCCUUUUUGGGCAAGGAGCUUGAACCAUUUCUAAAUCUAAAUGGAAGCGCUCAUCCCUAUUCGAGUUGGGUGAAAAACUAUUCCCCCUCAACCUUUGAGGAAGCUGCUGUGCAAAUAGAAGAACUGCUUGACAAAUUGAGUGUUCCUCUAACUGGAGAUGAGCUGGAUGUUAUACAGAAGCUCUAUCAUCAAGCCAUGAAACUUGAGAUUGAUUUUUUCUUAGCUCAGCCAAUUGUUCAACCUUCUGUAGUUCCAUUGUCAAAGCUGCAUGAUCCGAAGAAGCGGUUUUUUAUAGUUUCCGAUUUUGAUUUAACUUGUACAUUGCUUGAUUCCUGUACCAUUUUAGCAGAAAUCUCAAUUAAAAAAGAGGCUGCAAAAUCUACUGAUCUAUCAGUUGCUGAUAACCCAAUCAAUCAGAUGUCUUCUUCUGAUUUAGGAAACCUUUGGAGGGAUUUAUCUGGGCAAUAUAUUGUGGAAUAUGAGCAAUGCAUAGAAAAGUUAUUAGCAGUUGAAGAAGCUAAGACAUUUGCUCCAGACGAUCUUUAUAAUCGUCUACAGAAGCUGUCAGAAUUUGAGAAAAGGGCAAAUUCUAGAGUUAUCCUAUCAGGAUUUUUGAAGGGAAUGAAUAUUAAUGACAUAAAACGUGCAGGAGAGCAUUUAAAUUUCCAAGAUGGGUGUUCAGUUUUUUUUCAGAAAAUUGUCGGGUCAAAAGAAAGGCUGCAUGCAGAUAUUCAUAUUCUUUCGUAUUGCUGGUGUGAGGAUCUCAUAAGGUCUGCCUUUACAUCAGUAGGUUGUAUUGCUGAUGUGGCUAUACAUUCGAAUGACUUGGAAUACAACGAGUCUAUUUCAACUGGCGAAAUUGUCAGAAAAAUUGAGUCUCCUGUGGACAAACUCCCUGCCUUCCGGAGUAUCUUAGAUCAAAGCAGCGAUGCGGAGCAUUUGUCUGUGUACAUUGGUGACUCAAUAGGUGACUUGCUCUGCUUGCUGGAGGCUGACAUAGGUAUCGUGGUUGGAUCAAGUGGGAGCUUGAGGAGGGUGGGGAAGCAUUUUGGUAUUACAUUCAUUCCCCUUUUUCAAGGUUUGGUUCAGAAGCAGAGAGAGCUUGGUUCUGAUGGCUCAUUGGUGUGGAAUGCAAAGUCCGGUAUUCUGUAUACCGUCUCUGGUUGGCCAGAGAUACAGGCAUUCAUUUUGGGGCAUGAAGCUUUUUGAAAAGAUUGUCGCCUUAUACCACCUCGCCAUCUGCUAUACUAGAGAGUGGCGUAUUUUUAAGACAAGCCAAGCGUUGCCGUAUUCUAUAUUUGAUCAACCUCCUCAAGGUUGUUUGCCCCAUGAGAUGAAGCCCUUCUGUGUUUGAUCAUAUUCUUGGGUCAUGUCAGGUAUCAUACCUUAAACCACAGCUAUGGUUUCAAUCUCUGGGCAGUUUAUUUGUGCUGUGAAUCAUCCAAUAUUAUGGGAAGAUUUCUUUGAAGAUAUAAUGAUUUUUUUCUUUUUUAUUAUUGUGAAGAUUUAUGGGAUGAGCUUCGUUUCUAAUCGGGGAUAGGAAGCUCAUUGUACAAUGUUUCCUGGUUUGAAUUUUCGACCAAACCACCCCUAUCAGUGCAUGAUUAUCUGUUUGUUAGUAUUUUUUAUUUGUGCGUGCUUUCCUGGCAGGCUAGCACGCAUGCAUUUGCUUUGGCAAAGUGCUUUCUCAGACGUUUUAUUCCUGACCGAGUCGGGUGACAAUUAUAUAUAUUGUCAAUUCAGUGAAGUUAUUUGUAUGCCUUCACUUUUUUU